CGAAGCACCAUUUUGUUUGCAGUAGUGAUUGAAUCGCUUUGCAGUUUUUCCGAACUAGAUGAGAUGUGAUGGACACGCAUAUUUGCAUCGCAUAUAUUGUUGACUCGUGCUGUUAAACAACCACGAACCAAAAUUAAUUUGGUUGCCCAGGUACGCGCUCUACGUGAGCUGGAAAACGGCCACUGACUUCACCUUCAAACACCUGUUUGCUGCUGAAUGAGACUUUGUUGACGACUUUUAUAAAGAAACACCUGUUUUCAUUAAGGCUAUAACAUAGCAUUCAAAAUGGAUCCUGAUAAUCCACUUUCGAUGUACCAAGAGAUAAGAAAUGUGGGCAAAGGCAGCUAUGGAGAGGUUUGGUUAGUUCGACACAAAAAGGAUAAAAAACAGUAUGUACUAAAAAAGAUGGAACUAAAAAAUGCAUCAAAAAGAGAAAGAAAAGCUGCAGAACAAGAAGCCAAACUUCUGUCUAAGUUAAAACACCCUAAUAUAGUCUCCUACAGAGACUCAUUUGAGACCUCAGAUGGCUUGUUAUACAUUGUUAUGAGCUUCUGUGAAGGUGGAGACUUGUAUAAUAGGUUAAAGGAACAGAAGGGGGUGUUACUAGAUGAGAGGCAGAUUGUGGAAUGGUUUGUACAGAUAGCAAUGGCGUUACAGUACAUGCAUGAAAGGAACAUAUUACACAGGGAUCUGAAGACACAAAAUAUAUUUUUGACCAAAAACAAGAUCAUCAAACUUGGAGAUCUGGGAAUUGCCAGAGUGCUUGAAAGCUCCAAUGAUAUGGCUACAACACUUAUAGGAACUCCAUAUUACAUGAGUCCAGAACUAUUUUCUAACAAACCAUACAACCACAAGUCUGAUGUGUGGGCCUUAGGAUGCUGUGUGUAUGAGAUGACCACACUGAAACAUGCCUUCAAUGCCAAAGAUAUGAACUCUCUAGUGUAUAAAAUUUUAAGGGGAAAGAUGCCUCAGAUGCCUAGCCAAUAUACACCUGAGCUAGUCACCCUCAUCAAGUCCAUGCUUGCUCAAGAUCCAGACAAGAGACCAAGUGUUAACAGGAUACUUAGGGACCAGUUUAUCAAGAAAAAUAUUGCAAUCUUUUUGGAAAGUACCAAAAGCCGCCGUCCAAGCACAAGUGGCAGCCGUCCGUCAACUGCUCAACGCUCAAGUUCUGGGAACCGUCCAAGUUCUGGCAAUCGUCCAAGUUCAGGCAAUCGUCCAAAUUCAGCUGGCCGUCGUCCUGGCUCCGGUAAACGCAAUGACCAAGGUGAUGGCGUUCAAGUGACAACAAGUAGUUCUGUGCACAGCUCGGUGGAUGAGGAACAAAAGGAAACAGGUCAAAGGAAAUCCUCAAAAAAGAAGAAACAGAAAGGGGAUGUUGAUGAUAAUGUUUUUGAUGAAGAUAAGCCAACAAAGAAGGAAAUAUUUGAAAAUCCAAUUCCUGUUGAAAAACCACGCCCAUUACCACCCCCACCAGCAAGUGGUGGAAUACCUCAGAAGAACCAGAAGAAAAACAGACAAUCUGUUGAAGUCUCCACGUCAUCAUCAAGUGUCACAAGCUCAAGUUAUGACACUCCAACAGGAGAUGACACUCCAAGGUCAAGACCCAACACCUCUGCACGAGCCAGGCGCAGGGAAAAGAAACAAGAUGGCUUAGACACCCCCACUGGUCCUCCAGGUGCGUCAGACCGACGGCGGCCAUCUCAGCCUGAGGGGCACAUAGAGCAGGACCUUGCUGUGGCAGAUUCAGCACAGGAGAAAAAGGAGGCCCGUCCCCAUGUGCAUCGUCAGAUGUCUGAAGUUGAAGUAGAUGAUGUGGAUGGAGAUGAAGAUACCACUCUGGAGGACGAAAAGGAAAGAGAAGAGAAAGGGACUUAUGUUGUACGUUCACAUGAGAAAAAUAGGAAUGACAGAGAAAUGAACAACUUCAUCUCUAUGCUGAGUACCACUCUAGUUAUGAACAAAGAGGAAGAUGUCUCAGACAGCGAGGAGAGAGAGGGAGGUGACGAGUUUGAUGUUGAUGACAUCAAGCAGGCGUCACCUAAAGAAACACCAAAGAGCCAGCAGUUACACAGAGUUCAAUCCGCACCAGGGAUAGGUGCCAGGACAUUAAGCUCAUCAGGAAGACUGAUGGAGAGAAUUAAUAUGCUCAGAAGGGACUGUGUACGGGGUUUGGGAGUGGAAAAGCUGCACAAGGCGUAUGAGAUCCUAGACAAUGAUGAGGAGGAAGAACAAGAGCCACGCCUGGUUGCCCUGUUAGGCAAAGACGACUUUGACAUCUAUGCUGGCAAGAUAUGGCAGUUGAAGUUCUGUGAGGAGUCAGCUUUUGGAUUGAACUGAGAUGAAGAGCAACUCAGCGAGUAAACAGUGCUCACUUUUACCAACGGGCAUAAAUCAGAAGCUGGUUUUACUCUGAGGCAGAAAUUGGUGCACUUCAGUUGAUGAUAAACCUGUAGUAAUUACUAGAAAUAAGUAUAUAGCUAUUGUUACAUUUCUUUCUUUUUUGUGAAAUGAGCAUAAUAUUUUCUUUUUAAGUGAAAUACUAUUGAUUUAUCUUCUGCUCAAGUUAAACCAAUUUUGUAAUCCUAUAGUUCAAACCAACUUUUGUGAAAAUAGCCCCUAAAAAUGUGUGGCGACAGGACCCAUUGUAUGCAGUUGCCCUAUUUUUGCAUACAACACAAAAACCUCCCCAGCAGUGCUGAUUUCAAAUUCUUCCACUCUCUCAGUUGGGUAAUGUAUACAACAUAGAAAUAUAUUCAUAUGUAUUUUUCAAGUAUGUUGAAUUGUAUCAUUGAAGAGGUUUGAGCGACACGUAUCCCAGAAUGAAGGCAUGGACAAUCCUUGGUCACAGGCAGGCAACGAGUAUGCAAUUAAGGAUAGUUUGUAUGUUUUACCUCACAAGCACACCCCAUCUGAAAAAUGAGCAGACUAACAUGACAUCCUUGAUACUACUUAAUCCAAAUACAUAAAGUGUACUUAUUUUUAACAACAUAGAUUAAAAUCAUGAAGAUGAGAGCGUCAUUAGCGUUUCUAGGAUUAUUUCUGUUUGUUAGUAGGACAAGAAUCAGUAGGAUUCUUGUUUGCACUAGCUGUAUCAUAUCAGGGUCUGCCUUAGAAAAAAACAACACUUAUUAUCUUAUAGCACUAUUUUUGCUAAUAUGAUCAACUAAUAUUUCAUUAUUUUAAUGCAUGUUAACAUGUAAGGGAUAGUGAUUCCAGAGUCACUUGAUCUUAGUAUAUUUAUUAUGUUAAGUGUAGAAUAGAAUUACUUGAAGUGUGUUAAUAGGUAAAAUAAUUUAGUUGUUUUUAUUUAUCAGGGUACACCAUUAAAUCACUUAAUUUGUAUUGUAGUUAGCUUCUUCAGCCUCAAAGCUAGUUCUUGGAUUAAGUUGGAUGUAAACUUAAUAAUGGCAUGCAAACAACCUGAAUGCAGUUACUGAACAUACAAAUGGAAUUUUAAAAAGUAUUUUAGUGGAUCCCUCUUGAUUUAAAUUAGGCCCUAUGUUGCCAUGCAUGAAAUAGACCCUGCAUUUAGGGUGAAAGAGGUGCAGUUUCAGAGUUUCAGAGGGUUGUUGAAUUGCUUCUAUGCCUAGCCAGAGAACCUUAGAAAUUGUUGGUGUUCUGAAGCACAACUUGGAUAAUUUGGAGACAUAUCCCCCUGAGUUUCAGUGCAUUGUUGACUGACCUCUUUACCAGCAGUUUUUUGAUUAAAUAAAACAUGAUUAUUGUGGUUAGAACCCCCCAGUGCUCUGAAACUCAGGGUGGGACAUUAAAAACUA